AAGUGGUCUGUGUGACAGAAAAUAGGUAGCACCACUUUAAUCCAUUUCAUGACCUAGUUCACCUAGCUGUGACCUCACGUGAUAAAUACCAGCUGCACUACAUACCACAUGGAAAGGGUUGAAUGCAUCAAAUGUGUGUCACAGCCAGUGAUAAUCUUCCGUCAUAUAUACAUAUAUACCCAGCAUGGCGGUUCAACACAACGAGGCAGCAGUUCUCCGCGCAGUCAAAGAUCUGGUGAUCAAGUUCUGCUACGAAUGGGUUCUGUUGGGAUCUGCGGAUCUGACAUCAUGUACUGGCAGCGUGGCGGCAAUAGGAGAUUCAGGCUUGAGGCCCCGAUGGUUAUCGGCCAUGAGGGCAGCGGGACUGUGGCCAAGGUCGGGUCAAAGGUCAAAACUUUAAAAAUAGGAGAUCGCGUGGCGAUAGAGCCUGGCACGCCGUGCCGCCAGUGUUUCCAGUGCAAGCAAGGCACCUACAACCUCUGCCCGGGCAUCACGUUCUGUGCCACACCCCCUGAUCAUGGAAACAUUUGCCGUUAUUACAAACACGCUGAAGAUUUUUGUUUCAAACUACCUGAUCACGUGACUUUAGAUGAAGGUGCACUGAUGGAGCCACUCUCUGUCGCGAUCUACGCAUGUCGCCGAGGGGAAGUAACUCUUGGAUCAAAACUACUGAUCUGUGGAGCAGGUCCUGUGGGAAUCCUGUGCAUGAUGGCGGGGAAAGCGGCUGGGGCCUCACAGGUUUUAAUCACAGAUAUAGAUGACAACAGACUGAGGAUGGCCAAAUCACUCGGGGCAGACCACACAAUUAACGUGAAUGGACGAGAUAAGCUUGAAGUUGCUGGUGAAAUCGAGGCUUUGAUGGGCGGUCAACCGGAAGUGACGAUUGAGUGUAGUAGCGUGGACUACAGUUAUGUUCUGGGAAUUCAUGCGACGCGGCCAGGCGGGUGUCUAGUGGUCGUGGGACGACCGUCACAGCAGACCGUGCUGCCAUUAGACGAGGCCUUCAGGAAACAAGUGGACAUGAAGGGCGUCUUCAGAUACACAAACUGUUAUCCAGCUGCACUAGCGAUGAUAUCUACGGGCAAGAUCAACGUCAAACCGAUGAUAACGCAUCAUUUCACCCUAAACGAGACUUUGCGUGCUUUCGAAACUGCUAUAUCACAUGACGCUAAAGCCGUCAAGGUCAUCAUCCAUUGUGAUCAGUGACCAGUCGUACUUCCAUUAAUACCGGCGAAAUCAGGAUGAUAGUAUGUUUUUGUACAUGAAUGUGAUUGUGUAAGAUUCUACGAAAUAGAGCAUUUCUGAAUCUAUAGGCGACCAAGAGUCAAGCACUACCCAAGAAUGUGCAUGACACUACUCUAAUUACCGUGUUUCCUCUGUUCCAAUGCACGCCCGCCAGUCAACAGAUACGCACACUUGUCUUCUCUGAUAUUGUAAUAAAAAACGUGUGAGGAAGUGCUA